AUGCUCAAACCGCUGCGCAGAUCCGCUCGUCUGCUCAAGAAGCGCGAAAAGUUACCGCUACAGCUCCCGCUUGAAGUCCUCGAGCUCAUCCUCGAGUACUCUCUCCCACCUUGCCCUCCUCUCAUCGCCAACAUCUCGGCGACGUCCACCACGAACCGGCCGCUCGCGAGCUGGUUCAUCUUCCCUCUCCGAUCGGAGCAACUCUGUGCCAUCGCCCUCGUCUCGCGCCAGUGCCGUCGGUGGGCUCAGCGCGAACUUCUUCGGCACAUCGUCCUCGACUCCGAUGAGGCGGUCGACCGGCUGCUGGAGGCGUGGGAGCCGCUCAGCGUCGAGGAGCGAGCAAGCAGGGGCAUCGUGACGGAGACACUCAGGAUCGGGCACGACGACGAGGACGAACCGAUCCGUCUUGGAGACCGCUUUGAACGACUUCUCAUGCUCCUUCAGCCGGACGAAUUAGUUGCCGUCGGAACUGGACUGCGCGAGCUAUGGUUUCUCAGCGUGACGGACGUAAAUCUGCGCAGUCUGGCGCGCCUUCAAGAUCUACGGCUUCGCUUCUGCGAUGCCAUGGGAGUCUCCACGCCUAUGAGCACUCCGCCUCCUGGCGCCAUCGACAUGCCCUAUCUUCCACUCCUCCGCACUCUUGUCAUCAGCUUAGUGUCCUUCGAGACGGACGAGGACGAGGCUUCCCCUCCCAUUUUCCCCCAUCAUGAAUUCACCAAUCUCGAGAUCCUCUCAUUCGACGAAUUCGACGCCCUUCGCGCCAUCUUCGGUUGCGACUCGUGGAUGCUGCCGAAACUGCGAGCCUUCCAGCCGGGCCGCGAUACACCCGCCGCGCUCUAUGCGAGCCCCAAUCAACCCGCCACGCCACUAGACGACACGAAGCGUGAUCCGAACGACGACUUCCUCAAAACGCACGGCCUGCGCAGCGACACCCUUCUGUGCCUCCACCUCGACGGGGACACACUCCCCAACUUUUCCUCCUUCGGUCCCCUGCUUUCCGACAACCUCGUCAAGAUUGUUAUCGAAGACGCUGUAGAGCAUCUCGAGCGCGAAGAUCUGGAGGCCUUCGUCACGAGCCCGCACUUUCGUCGCCUGCUCGCGAGCCAUCCUCCGUCAACCUCAGCCACGACAAGCUCGUCCGAGGCAUCACGUGCAUUGAAACGCGCUCGUGGAGCUUUCCCCGUGACCUGCGCGAGCGGUGGCCCGACCUCAAAGAUCGGCUGGAGGAGGUCCUCAAGGGUCGCGCUGUGGAAUGGCACGACCGCGAUUAUCCCGACUACGCGGAGUUCGACGAUGCCGUGCUACCGAUCGUCCAAAUCGACUUUUUGCACGACGCCGAAACUGUGA